GCUGCAGAUUAUUUACCUCCGUUACCAGGCAGCGCGAGAGACAGCAUGGCGUUAGGUGAUCAUGAAACUCUCCUGAAAUCCUGAUCUGAUGUACAGUGAACACAUUUCUGGUCUGAAUAAAGUAAAAACAGGACCGCCAAAAUGUCAUCGCCCAGUGAUGUUCGGGAAAAGAUAAAGAAGAAGAGAAGAGCCCUCCAGCAGUCUUUAGGAAGAGUCAGAGAUGACAAACAGGCUUUGGUUCCAUCAGACUGGGACCUGUCUAAGGAGAAUGAGCACACUGCGGUGGAGGAGCUGGCAGAUGGAGAGGAGGACCCGGGCGAGACACUCAGGCGUUCAGUGAAGGCAGAGAGAAUGAGAAGAAAAAAGAAGUUUCUCAAGGAGAGGGUGGUGGAUUCUGUUCCAGAUGAAGUGGAAGUGGUAGAGGAGGUGACAGCAGGGCAGGAGAUCAGAACACAGGAGGAUAGAGGAGAGAAUGUACAGCGUGUAGAAAGCCCAUCAGUGCGGUCUCCAAGAAAUCUUCCUCCUCGUCCUGCGGUGAGACCAGGCUCCAGCCAAUCAGUGACGUCCAUGAGACAGCGUGUGACUGAGAAAUUGAGAGCUGCCAAGUCUAAAGCUGCUAGUAUACUGGAGCAGGAAUCCAUCGUUGAGCCCACCAGUCGCCUGCAGAGUCUACGAAACAGAGAAACCCUCACUAGAUUCGACAGAGAUACUGAUACAGAUUUACGGUCAGAUGAUGACUCAUCGUUUGCUGCCAGAUUGAAGUUUCGUGAUGCGGCCAGACGUGCAGCCAAAGACAGAAGGGCUGAUGAUGGUUUACCGACCGCUGAAGAGGCGUACAACUUCUUCACCUUCAACUUUGACCCCGAGCCUCAAGAGAGACGGCGCCAUCAGAAGAGACGUGCCAGGAGAAGAGAAGCAGAGGAGGAAGCAGAAGUUGAAUCAGAAGAGCAGGAGGAAGUGAAAGGGGAUGGAGGGGCUGCAAUGGAGAGAGAGUAUGGAGAGGAAGAGUCUGAAGCAAGGGAUGAAGAUGCCCCACUGGUCAGGGACGUGGAAGAGGACUUGUUCAUCAUUGACCAUUCAGCACAAGACUUCCUGGAAUUGAGGAGUACAGAGUAUGUGGGCUACAGCAGACGACUGCAGAGAGAGAGAGAGACUGUCUUUGUUCCCAGCAUGAGGCCAGUUCCUGCCUCCAGCAAGCUGCCUGAGAAUGUGCAACCUCGUUACCUGGAGGAGGAGGGGCUGUAUGUUGGUGAGAGACCAGCUGUCUCCCUAACCAAUCAGAACAUUCUGGAAAACCGCCUCCUGAAGCAGGCGGAGGGCAGGAAGUGGUUUGGCGAUGAUGGGCGCAUUAUGGCUCUGCCUGACCCAAUCAAAGAGUCAUCCUCAAGACCACCUCUCUUUUACCUGGAGGAGGAGCUGGACCCAGCACUUCACACUGUCUACAGAAAAGCUCUGAAGUCUAAGCAGGUGAACCUCUAUAUAGCUGGGAUGGGGGAUCCUCAGUCAGACUACCAGCUGGACGUGGAUGUCUCCGGUCUUAUCUUCUCCCAUCACCCUCUGUUCAGUCGUGAGCAUGUGCUGGGAGCCCGUCUUGCCCAGCUGUACGACCAGCACCUGACCAGACAACACAAGAACCUCACACAUCUCCUGACUGAAAAGCUCAACGGCCUGAGGAACACGAUUCGUAAUAUGCUGGAGCUGCACAAAGGAGAAGCUCUGAGUCAGGUGACCAAGCAGAGGAUAGCUGAAUACAAACAGGAAGUGAGACACACUCGUCAGCUGCGUGAUGUGGAGCAGGAGAAGGACAGAGUUCUCCUCAAAAACAUCAUCAGAGUGUGGAAAGAUCUCAAAACCCUGAGAGACUUCCAAAGAUUUGCCAACACACCUUACAAACUCUUCAUCAGACGCGAGAAGGUGGAGAGAGAGCAAGACGAGCAGGAGUUUGAGAAGGAGAUCAUGGUGGAGGUCUCAGAACUGCAGGCAGAAACAGAAGAAGACUACCAGAGGAAGAUGAGUGAAUACAAAAGGCUGCACGACGAAUGGAAGUCCUGGAAGAGAAGACAGAAAGCCUUGAAGAAAAAGAAAAGACAACAGGUGGAGGAAGAUGAGGAUGAGGAUAGCGAGGAAAAGCUUGGUGAGGAGCCUGAGAAGCCCAACCCUCCAGAGAAACCAGACACGAACGUCCUGGAGGAGCAAGUGCGGGAGAAAGCUGCGAGGAUCCGUAGGAAACCAGGGGAACCAGUUCUGAUUCCAGAACUUACUGUCUCAGGGCCUGUCACCCCCAAUGAACAGUGUCCACGUGGUGAGUUUGCUCGUAGAGAGGAUGUGGCCAAAUGUGCGCUCUUCAUCAAGGUGCUGUACAAUGAAAAAGAAGUUUCCAGAACAGACAGUCGAACCCUCAACAUGGAUUUCAGAGUUCACUUUGGUCAGAUCUUUAACCUGAAGAUAGUCAACUGGCCCGAGAGCAUCAAACUGCAGGUAUUUGAAAGCAUCAGCUCCUCUUCCUCCCAACUGGCUGAGGUGUGUGUCCCGGUUCCAGAAUCAUCUGUCCUGACAGGCAGCGCUCUGUCGGAGGAGAUAGAGUUUAGCAGCAACCAGCGAGUCACGUUCAACCACGAGGGAGUUGGCAGUGGUGUGCCGUUCUCUUUUGAAGCUGACGGCACUAACAUGCAGACUCUACUGACAUCAGGAAAGCUCUCCUGCUGCGUGUCCUGGGGUGUAGGGAAAGAUGACGUCCCCCUCGCUCCCCCAACCAGUCAGCCUACGGGGGGCAUGUACAGUGGUCUCAGACAAAUGGACGCUAUAGCGUGUAUCGGGGCGUCUAGUCUGAUCGACAUGAAGAAAUUAGGGAAGUGGGCGGCUGAGUCUCGCCUCGACCCCAACGACCCCAACAAUGCUUCCAUCAUGCAACUCCUCUCAGUGGUGAGUGGUGGAGAGGUGGCAGUUCCUGAGUAUUUCCGUCUGGAGCAGCUUCAAGAGGAGUUUAAUUUCCUGUCUGAUGAGGAGCUGCAGCGUUCCCGCCGUUUCCGUCUGCUGAUGCUGAGGAGUCAGGAGGUGGCGGAGUUCCGUCACUUUAAAUGCAUCCCGUCCACCGAGCAGGAGAUAUCUGAAAAAGUGUUUCAGGAUUAUGAGAGGAGGUUAAAGGAGGGAGAGAUUGUCGAUACAAAAGUGCACAUUGAUGCACAUCGAGCCCUUGUGUCCAAAUAUCUACAGAGAGUACGAGAGUCAGUCAUUAAUCGUUUCCUUAUAGCAAAGCAUCAUUUUAUUCUGUCUGAUAUGGUUUCAGAGGAUGCAGUUCCCAGCAUCGGGAUGUUGGGUUUGAACCUGUUCAAACUGGCUGAACCCAAACGUCCUCUAAAGCCCUGCAGAAAGGAGAGGAAGAAGGUCACAACUCAGAACCUUUUAGAUGGAGACAUCAAACUUCUGGUGAACAUCAUCCGAGGAUAUGACAUCCCCAUCCGUAGACCUCACACCGGCAAACCUCCUGUGUCAGCAAGGUCAAGGCGCUCUUUUACAGAGCAGUUUACAGCAACUGUGCCACCCCAGAUGGCCUUACAGGAUAGCGAGUGGCCCCUCGGACAGCCUCUGAUCAGACCCUUUGUGGAGGUGUCAUUCCAGCGUUCAGUUCUUCAGACGUCAACAGCUGAGGGUCCAAACCCCUGCUGGAAUGAAGAGAUUGUGCUUCCAUUCAGUGCUCCAAAUGGAGACUACAGCUCUACCAGUCUGCAGUCAGUCAGAGAUGAGAUCUUCAUCAACCUCUUCGAUGAGCUUCUCUAUGAUAUGGCAGUGGACGAGAGGGAGAGAGGAAACACUAUUCACACUCGUAUAGAGAAACACUGGCUAGGCUCCAUCAAGAUUCCCUUCAGCACCAUCUACCUGCAGUCACGGAUUGAUGGGACGUUUAAGGUGUCGACACCUCCAGUGCUGUUAGGGUACAGUAAGGAGCGGAGUUUGGGAAGUGAAAGUGGAUAUGGCGCCAUCCACAGUCUCAGUGAAGGAACCUUCCUCAGCCUCUUUAUCACCAUUGAACCACAGCUGGUGCCCGGAGACACCAUCAGAGAGAAGUUUGACUCUCAGGAGGUGGAGUGUUUGCUGAUGGCAUGUGAGGUCUUUGAGAAAGAGGCAAAUCAGCAUUUCCCCGACCGGCCCUGUCUCACCACCGUCAUCGACAUCAACGGCAAAACUGUUUUCGUCACGCGGUUCAUACGACCUCUAAACCCCCCACAAGAGCUGCUGGACUCUGUCCCAAACAGCCCUCAGGAGGCCACAGAGUUAGUUGCGCGAUAUGUGUCUCUUAUUCCCUCUCUUCCAGACAGUGUGUCUUUUACAGGAGUUUGUGACUUAUGGAGCACAUGUGAUCAAUUCCUGACACUGCUGGCAGGGGAUGAGGAAGAGCAUGCUGUAUUACUCUGUAACUACUUCCUAUAUAUGGGGAAAAGAGCAUGGCUUAUCAUAGGCACUGCCAUUCCUGAGGGCCCUACGGCGUAUGUUUUAACAUAUGAGCAGAACCGAUAUCUGAUCUGGAAUCCUAGCACUGGACAGCACUAUGGACAGUAUGACAUAUUCUGCCCUCUGCAGACCAUCGGUUGCAUGAUCAACACAGAUAACGUGUGGGUUAACAUCCAGACGUAUGCAUCACCGGUGAGAAUGAGUUUUGACGUCUCUAAGCCAAAGCUCUGGAAGCCGUUUUUCUCACGAGCGUUUCCUGACCCUGGCCUUUCUAGUGUGCAGCCAGAGGUAUUGGUGUACAGAUGGGCUGACAGAGCAGCUGCUGUUGAGUUACAAGACAGGAUUGAGAAGGUUUUGAGGGAGAAGAUCAUGGAAUGGCGUCCACGUCAGCCCACACGCUGGAACCGUUACUGCAUAUCUAUAUUACGUCCAUUCCUGCCGAAACUGGAGCUAAGCAGAGGACGAGAGGUCGCUGAGGAACAUUGCCUUGAGCUACAGAGCCUUCUUGGAGAAUACAGGAUGUCUGGGUUUCCCUUGCAUCUCUCUUUCUCAGAGAUUCAGCCAAUCAUUGAAGCUGUUCACAGCACAGGGGUCCAUAAAGUUGAGUCCACAAAUGUAGAGUUUGCCCUGGCUGUGUACGUUCACCCUUACCCCAGCAAUGUGCUCUCUGUGUGGGUGUACAUCGCCUCUCUGGUUAGCGCACACUAGAUCCCACCACAGCAGAACCUCAUCAUCAGCAAUAAUGAAAGAUAGAGAACUUCUUGAUGUACAGUGUACUCUUCAUAUAUGUUUUUAAAGACAUUUUAUAUAAAUGUUUCAUUUCUCAAUGCUCCUGUGCCUGCUGUUGUUUAUAGUAAUUUUAUAGUGAAACUAUUUCUUUCUAAGUUUAUUCAUGAAUGAUUAAAUUCAGAACGUGUAUAUUUUUACUCUGUCUUUUGCCUGAAUUUAAUGAAUGGAGAAAUAGAUGUUUUUAAAUCAUUUUUGUACACUAGACUGCAACGUUUAUAAAUGUUACUUUAUCCAGGUCAUAUUUCAAUCCAAAAUCAAAGCGGAAUAUAUAUCUAUAUAUAUACUGUAUAUUUGGAAAAUGAACCUGAUUAUUAGGAUCAUUAAAAUGAACAAUCAAGUAGGACCAAUGAAAAUUAGGACCAUUAAAACCAUUACAAAUAUAAUUAAUUCAUAAAAUAAUAUGUGAAUAAUGACAGUAAUUUCAACCCUUAUACAGUAAUAGAAUCAAAUGAAAACCAUUAUUGACAAUAAUGAGAAUUACAAGAAAACUCUAAAGUAAAACGUCAGACACAUAAUGUAAAUGGGGGGGGGGAAUGUGCUUAAUUUUUAUAUAAAGAAAAUUUGUCAGUCAUUUUUAUUUCUUAUUUUAUUUCUCUCCAAUUUGUAACUCCCAAUUCCCAAUGCACUCUAAGUCCUCAUGGUGGUGUAGAGACUCGCCUCAGUCCAGGUGGCGGAGGACGAAUCUCAGUUGCCUCUGCGUCUGACACCAUCAUUUUGCACAUCUUAUCACAUGGCUUGUUGAGCACGUUACCACGGAGACGUAGCUCGUGUGGAGGCUUCACGCCAUCCACCGCAGCAUCCAAGCACAACUCACCACGUGCCCCACCGAGAGCGACAACCGCAUUAUAGAGACCACAAGGAGGUUACCCCAAUGUGACUCUACCCUCCCUAGCAACGGGGCCAAUUUUGUUGCUUAAGAGACCUGACUGGAGUCACUCAUUACGAACUCGCGACUCCAGUGGUGGCAUUCGGUGUCAUUACUCGCUGAGCUGCCCAGGCCCCCCUGGACAUGUAUUUGACAGGUUUCGUUAAAUUCAGUUUUUAAUACUUUGUUUAGAAAAUGUUAUAUUUUGUUUAAUUGUAUUUUUUCAUACAUCUGACUUUGCAGUUAUAAACACUAUUACACUGAACCUGCUGUUGAUUUAAACACCGAUAACCUUUCAAACUGUACAUAAUAUGUUCUUCAAAAUAAAAUAUGGAGGCUUUCUAACUGUUUUGCAUGUGAAAUUGUUACUCCAAGUGUUGAGAGACACACUGCAGAGAUGUUGUCACUCUGUCUAACUGAUGGAUUCGCCUGACUCAGAAACAAAUCUAUCAGAUCUGUCAGCAGCUAUAAGCUCUCUUUGCGUUGUUGUAGAGAUGGGACUUGUUAGGUCUUGUAAGUAAACUUUUUUUUGUCAGU